GGAUAAUCGACACUUUGUUCCCGUUUACAAAUGGAUGUUAUAAAAUUAUUCUAUUUAUUUGUGCCAUGUUUGAAUGGUUUCGGCUAAAAUAACGUACAAAGAAACGAAACAACGUACGUAUAUCCUUUUACAUGUGCUGAUUUUCAUAUAGUUAAGGCAAAACAUGGGGAGAGAACAGAAUAAACAGUCAUCAAAGCGUCUACACAGAGGUACGAAGAUAGUGCCAGAGGUUGUGAGCGAGAGGAGAUCUUUGAUCAACAGACAAUCGCUAACGAGAUUGCUUCAGAUGUCGAUGAUAUCAAACGAGUUGACUAGACUACAGAUUUACCAGGGUGACCAAUGUAUUUUGGCAGAAAACUGGCGAGAAUUGUAUGACAUCGUUUCGGACCUCCAUUAUUCUGCUUUCUACGGCGACCUCGUGUCCGUGAAACGAAUUGUCAAAGAAAGACGGGGCAAAUCAGAUUCGACAGUGGAAGUCGACAUUCCAACAGAAGAUGGUCCAAAACUACUUAAAGAAUUGACACCGAAUAUCGGAGAGAAUUACGGAAAAGAGAAUUACGCCGGGUUUUUCUUGAAAACUACACCCCUUAUGAUGGCGGCUCAACAAGGCCGCUUGUCCGUGGUAAAAUAUCUCGUUGAAUACUGCAAAGCAGAUGUUAAUGCCAAUGACUCCUUAGGACUAACACCAUUAUCAUUGGCAUGCUCGUUCAACCGGCUAGAGGUUGCAAAAUAUCUUCUUACAAAGCACGCACUAAUAAACGUGACAGAAAACAGGAACGGAAUGACCCCGAUAAUUCUAGCAAGCGUAAACAACCAUAGUGACAUGUGCAGGGUUUUACUGGGUCGUCAUGCAAAAGUGAAUAUUGUUGAUAAGUUUGGUAGGCAAGCCAUUCAUUACGCGGCAUGGAAUUACAACAAGAAAGCGGUAACUGCCCUGUAUCACCAUGACAACCGGAGCAUAAACGUACAGGACAACGACAGAAAUACUCCGCUUCAUUUACUGGUGUCUGAUGAAAAUGUUGAUGUAGAGCUUAACAGUUUCACCGCAAAAACUGAUCAACAUUUACUGAGCGCUACAGCACAAUUAGCAGAGUAUGAUGCCACUACGGCAGAUAUUAAAAGAGAAACAAUCGCGGAACUAAUAGAGUCGGGGAGCAAUACGAAUGCUUAGUACAAAUGCUAGAGCUCG